GUCGGGAUGAACGUGCUGCUGUGUGAGUCGUGCAUCCACGAACGAGCUACCGACAAUAUCGACGAGAGUCUUGCGGUUUGUUCUGUGAAGUCUCUUGUGCGCAAUUACAACUGAUUGCACAUAAAUUGUAAUAUAUCUCCGUCAUCGAAGAUGCCGAGGAAACCAGAGGAGGCUGGUGGUGGAAGUGGGGGCCGCCAAAGACCGCCUGCUGUGCAAGGCCGAAAGCCGACAUCUGCGGACCCCGUGUCUGCACGCGGCACUGACACUGGCCGCAUAGAUGGAGUUGGCGGCGGCAGUGAUCGUGCUGUUCUUGGAAAAGCCCCUGCUACGGACAGAGGGCGGGAACGUCUAGGAAGCCUUACAAGUCCCUUGGGGUCUGGCUCACGUGGUCUGCGAUCUGGGGGGGUAGUAAAGCUGGAGGAAGGAGGUGGGGACAGGAGUGGUGGCACUACUACCCAGUCGGGCAGCUAUCCUGUAACUGUCAAGAAGGAGAGGGAUACCGGUGACCUGAAGCCAUCGUCGUCGGCGCUGACGACGGCGAGGGUUUCAGCGAGUGAAGCGGCCGGCCGCAAUGCCACUCGAAAGGUCAAAUUUGCCCCUAAGGUGCCUGCACGAAGGGUGGGGAAACCUCGCGCCGCCACAGGAGCCGCUGCGGAGGAAGACUUCGAAGACCCCGAUUUGGCGGCGGAAUUCCGGGACCUUCUUAAUCAGUCCCAGGAAGCUUUGCUAGACAGAGGGAACCGGCGGCCCUUGCCUGACAAGAAACCGGGAGCUGGACCUGUCCGGGUUGCAUUUGGCUUCGGAUCGACCAUCGCGGGUAGGGCUGGUGGUCCCCACUCUGCUUUUGGUGGCUUUGGUGGGUUUGGUGGCGGGACCAGAGGCAGUUUUCAUGGAUUUGACACCAAGAAGCAUUUCUCCGCCACUGGCGGCGGCGGCGGCGGCGGAGCAGGAGGGGGAGGUGGGGCGUCUUCUGCAAAGCAAGGAACCUUAGCUGCUGCUACUGCUGCUGAUGGUACGGUUAGCACGAACACGACUGCCGGUAAAGAUGACCUGCUGAUCGGCGGGAGUGGGGCAGGGAAGCUGACGAAGAUCAAGAAAGACGAAGAUUACAUAGAUUACACUAAGUACUUUCCCACUACGCUGCCCAUGAGGAACCCCUUUGAGGAUGAAGAGGAGGACGAACUGGAGCCGUUGGAGGAGGGAAGGGAGCGGCCAUUCGAUGAGAAUGCUGUGCCGGCGGCAGACGAGCUCGAACUCAGGAACGAAGGAUUAGACGAUCGGUUGCUGUUCAUUCAGCUGCCCACGUCGUUGCCAUUGGCUGCUGCGAGCGAUGUUGGGGCGGAGGGGGGAGAGAAGAAUCAUGGGGAGAAUGGAACCCGUGAUGCAGGGACAACUGCUAUGGCUGGUGGAACUAAGGUGCAGGCAGGCAAGGCCGUCGCGGCUAAGGAGGAAAAGGUGGAUGCACCUGGAAAAGGGAGAGUGAAGGGGACUGGAUUGGGAGGACUGGCAAAUUUGCCUCCAGGGAUGAUGGGCAAAUUGAUAAUCUAUGAGAGCGGUGCAAUACAAUUCCGGGUUGGGGAUGUGCUGAUGGAUGUGGAAGCCGGAUCGCAGUGCAAGUUUCAUCAAGAGUUGGUGGCCGUGGAUGUGAAUGACAGAAAAUGCUACUUCUUCGGCGACGUGUCGCAGCGGAUGGACUUCUGUCCUAACGUUGACAAUCUGCUAGGCAAAGCCUCUGCAAGUUAAUCUUGCGCAGGGAGUUGCAGCAGGAGCAGCAGCAGCAGCAGCAGCAGAAGCUGCAGCAGUAGCUGCUGCUUUCCAUCAGCUAGCAAUCAAGCAUUGUAGGAUGUGGGGACCAGGGAGGAGUUCCACUUCGUCUCUCCUGGAAGGGGGAGCAGGGACCAGGGAGGAGUUCCAUUCCAUCUCUCUCUCUCUUUCUCUCUGUCUCUUGUCUGAAGAGAGCCAUUUGGAAGGGGACUGUCUCGGUAAGAAAACGGUCCUCCUCCCUCCCAUCUUUUGGCGCAAGCAACUGUGGACAGGAGAAUGGUCAGCGCAUGUACCUUCUAAAGGUGGAUCUCAUCUUAAGGGGCUAUCGGCUUCCAGUAAUUGCCAAGACACCGUGACGUCAGCCGAUCAUGCAGAAGCGCAUACUCUCUGCUCUUCUUGUUGCUGCAUAUGGCGAUGACAGUGGCAAUCUUGACAGUGAUGGACAAGCUCCUCUCAGUACCUCUCUGAUGUUAAACCACCAGUACCUCCGAGCCUCUUUUUGCCGAGGGCGGCAGAGUCCCCCUGCCGUGCCAAGCUGUCCCGAACCACUGCCGUCUUCCCCUGAACUCGAUGCACCCUCAUUUUGGCCGCACCAGACCGGAAAGAUAGCUUGUAUACGUUCGUUAUCAUGGUGUGUGGUGUUCGGAUGCACCCUCAUUUUGGCCGCACCAGACCGGAAAGAUAGCUUGUAUACGUUCAUUAUCAUGGUGUGUGGUGUUCGGGGGAAGACGGCAGUGCACCGUCUUCUUUUGAACCAUUUNGCACCAGACCGGAAAGAUAGCUUGUAUACGUUCAUUAUCAUGGUGUGUGGUGUUCGGGGGAAGACGGCAGUGCACCGUCUUCUUUUGAACCAUUUUGGCUGCACCAGACCGGAAAGAUAGCUUGUAUACGUUCAUUAUCAUGGUGUGUGGUGUUCGGGGGAAGACGGCAGUGCACCGCCUCCAGCCAUUUUGGUCCAGUUGCACUGAGCCUCCCAAAGUUUUCGCUUUGAUUCUCAAGUUUGCCUGAGCCCGGUACUGGUGGUUUAAGUGGCUCCGACUUCGAUUGAUCUUUAGCCACUCGGGCGUCUUCUUGCUGCACAGUGCGAUGGGCAAUCUGCACAGCGAUGGGCGAUCUGCACAGCGAGGGGGGAUGUGCAAAGCACAGGCAGUUGUCAGACAGUAUGCAGUUGAUUGUUUUCCUGCGGCCAGCUGCCUGUCUUGAAAGCUCGAUUUUAUUAUUUUGUAAUCCGAGAAGCUGUCUGUUCAGAUCAGCUGAGAGAGAGAGAGAGAGAUCAUAGUACCCAAGGUUUUGGUAAAGACUCAGGAAGCUAUAAAGUGCCCUUCCGUGUCGUUGAGGAGUGGAUAUCUAUCCGGUAGCUGGCUGGAGACCCAUCCCCUCCCUUGCUGUGUGUGCUGCAAGAGCUGCGCCGGCCUGCGGCUGGGGGGACAUGCCUCCACUGGCCUGCGGUCGGUUCUAGGCUUGGUGACCAAGGGCAUAUGUCAGACGUGAAAGACGUGUUGCCUCCAGGACAGACUGACGCAGAGCAGACUUGAAAGGCGUGCCACCUCGGGACAGUCAUGAAAUUGCCCGUGGAGGUCCAGGGUUAUGGUCCUUGUCUGCCAUGCAUAAAGCAAUGACCCGAGUACUCUGAUCAGAGUCUUCGGACCAAAGAAGGUGACAUGGUGCAGUGGGAAACCAUCUGCGGACUGAUUGUAAGAUGGGAUGGGGUACCCAGGUCCGAGAGCGUGCUGGAGUACUGGUGGA